UAACUUGGGCGCUCCUUCAGUCUGGAUGUUGAUGGCAGGACAAAGGGGUGCCUGGACUAUGGGCGACGUGGUAGAGAAGAGUUUGGAAGGGCCUCUGGCACCUCCUACAGAUGAACCCUCCCAGAAAAGGGGAGAGCUGGUAGAAAUCUUAAAUGGGGAUAAAGUAAAAUUUGACGACACGGGACUCUCCUUAAUUCUGCAGAAUGGCCUGGAGACCCUCCGACUGGAAAACUCUCUGACAGAUGUCACCUUGUGCGUGGACAUUCAGGAAUUCUCCUGCCACCGCGUGGUGCUUGCCGCGGCCAGCAACUAUUUCAGGGCCAUGUUCUGCAAUGAUUUAAAGGAAAAGUAUGAGAAGAGGAUCAUUAUCAAAGGGGUCGACGCUGAGACCAUGCACACUCUUCUGGACUACACGUAUACCAGCAAGGCGCUGAUCACCAAGCAGAACGUCCAGCGGGUUCUGGAAGCUGCUAACCUCUUUCAGUUCCUGCGGAUGGUGGAUGCCUGUGCGAGUUUCCUCACAGAAGCCUUGAACCCAGAAAACUGUGUUGGAAUACUGAGGCUGGCAGACACACACGCCUUGGACAGUUUAAAGAAGCAGGUUCAGAGUUACAUCAUCCAAAACUUUGUGCAGAUUCUAAACUCUGAGGAGUUCCUGGAACUUCCUGUGGACACUCUGUAUCACAUCUUGAAGAGUGAUGACCUUUAUGUGACUGAGGAGGCUCAGGUGUUUGAGACUGUGAUGAGCUGGAUCCGGCACAAACAGUCGGAACGACUUUGCUUGCUCCCCUACGUCCUGGAGAACGUGCGUUUGCCACUUCUGGACCAGUGGUACUUUGUGGAGAUGGUAGAAGCAGAUCCUCUCAUCAGACAGUGCCCAGAGGUGUUCCCACUGCUCCAGGAAGCCAGGAUGUACCACCUUUCCGGCAAUGAGAUUAUUUCUGAGCGCACAAAACCCAGGAUGCAUGAGUUCCAGUCUGAGGUGUUCAUGAUCAUUGGCGGCUGCACAAAGGAUGAACGUUUUGUGGCGGAGGUAACCUGCCUGGACCCCCUGAGGCGCAGCCGCCUGGAGGUGGCCAAGCUCCCGAUGACGGAGCAAGAGCUGGAGAGUGAGAAUAAGAAGUGGGUGGAGUUUGCAUGCGUCACAUUGAAAAAUGAGGUCUACAUCUCAGGUGGCAAAGAAACACAGCACGAUGUUUGGAAAUACAAUUCUUCGAUCAACAAAUGGAUUCAAAUUGAGUAUUUGAACAUAGGCCGCUGGAGGCAUAAGAUGGUGGUGUUGGGUGGCAAGGUCUAUGUGAUCGGAGGAUUCGAUGGCUUGCAGAGGAUCAACAACGUGGAGACCUAUGACCCCUUCCACAACUGCUGGUCAGAGGCUGCACCCCUCCUUGUCCACGUCAGUUCCUUCGCAGCCACCAGCCAUAAGAAGAAGCUCUACGUGAUCGGGGGCGGGCCCAAUGGGAAACUUGCCACAGACAAGACUCAGUGUUAUGACCCUUCAACCAAUAAGUGGAAUUUUAAGUCGUCCAUGCCCGUGGAGGCUAAAUGCAUCAAUGCAGUGAGUUUCCGGGACUGCAUCUAUGUCGUUGGUGGGGCCAUGAGAGCGCUGUACGCCUACAGCCCUCUUGAGGACAGCUGGUGUCUGGUGACUCAGCUCAGCCACGAGAGGGCCAGCUGCGGCAUCGCGCCCUGCAACAACCGGCUCUACAUCACUGGGGGCAGGGAUGAGAAGAACGAGGUCAUUGCCACGGUGCUGUGCUGGGACCCCGAGGCCCAAAAACUGACAGAGGAGUGCGUCCUGCCCCGGGGAGUGUCGCAUCACGGCAGUGUCACCAUCAGAAAGUCGUACACCCACAUCCGGAGAAUCGUGCCCGGAGCAGUGUCGGUCUGACAGCAGGAAGGCGGAGCCACGCGGGGAGCUGGACCUUGACCUUGAGCCGGGAUACCCUCCACACCCGUUGCCCUGUCCGUCCCACUGCAGACAGCAGGCUGGUCUUGGGUAUUUGGCCAUUCAUCAGGGAAUCCCUUGGAAGUAUAACUUUACUACACUUGAGAGCAGCCAGGAAUGUUUGUAUGACCUACCUCAGGAGAGAAGAAGAAGAAUAUUUAACAUUCAGGACAUACCUGCUCCAUGCCAGGUUCUUUGCCAGGUCACUUAACCAUCAUAAUGACCUGGUGACUGGAUAUUAACACUCCUAUUUUACUGGUGCAUUUCAGAGAGGCUAAAUGAUUUGCCCCAGGCCACUCAGAUUGCAAGUAGCAAAGCCAGGAGUCUAAACCCAGGUUUUUCAAUUUCCAAGUCAGUGCCCUUUCUGCCAUGCUGUCUAUCUCAGAGCAGGAAACAAAAACAAAAACAAUACCCAAAAAACUGCCUUGUUUUUUUGUUCUGAGAAAUUUGCUCACUCAGCAAGACAGGGAAAUAAAGGUGUUUCUGUUUUCUUUUUUCCCCUUAUAUUAAAACCAUAUGGAAUCCUUCGUGCUGGAGCCUUGGGCUCAUUGUCAAGAGUUUCUCAUAGGUUGUUCCAUCUGACAGGUCUAGAGAGAUGAAUCUGGGAAGGCCCGUUUGCUUUGAAAGAGAUAAAGACUUGUGUUCUGUUCUCCUCCAUCAAAAGCCUCUUUUUUUUUAUGAUCACAGGAGGCCCAUUUGGGACGAGAACUGUCAUUACCAGACAGCGUUGUACCUUCAGCACAGUCCAGUGUCCUGGCCUCUUGAUGUCUAACUGUUAUACUGCCAUGGACAAAAGAGGUUCCCAGACACUGAGACCACUGUUUUAAAAAGAUACACACCCUAACACGGCCAGCCACUGCAGGAACGACCAGCUCCUCUUGACAGUAUACUUUCCACUUCUGAAAUAGUGAUUUGGGUCUGUGUCCCUGAGACCCCACCCUCCUGGAAAACUUAGUGUUCAGUGCCUUUUAAGCCCUUCUGUUUGUUUUUUUGGAUCAGCUUGGCACAAUUUUGACUCAAAGAACAGAGUCUGUCCUUCACUUUAAGUGCUAGAGCUUUCAAAUGAGCUCACUGGAAAUUCAUUCUAAUCCCCAAGUUGGCGAAACAGAUUAAGAGAUCCUGUUUCAUAAGCUGUAUUUAAAAAGCAACAACAAUGGUAACAACAUAGUAACUGCAUUACCCAAUGUGCUUUAUUUGCAUUGGAUGAUUUCAAAUCUCUUUAUAGAGUUUUAUUUCAUGUCAGAUGUGGCAUAUUAUGACUGUACGUCUCAACAGUUUGGGAAGUUAGAGGUGUUAGAGUUGAUAGUGAAUUUAGAAAAGUUAUAAUUAGAAGAAGCUAACAUUCAAAGCAGAUAAAAAAGACUUGGAAUAUUACAAGUGAGAUUUCUAUUUAUUAUACUUAGAUCACUGAGGAUACAUGAAAUGCAUGUUGGUGUAUGAAAAGCUCUACGCUGAACAUAGCAGUUCAGCUCCCUGCUAUGAAACGUAAGAUGGGAAAAUGCAAACAUAUUUGUAGAAAUUUAGAACACAUAUAUCACUUUCUCAUGAGCCUAAUAACCUUAACAAAGCUCUCAACGGAAACAAUUUAAUCUAGUUCAGCUCAGCAGACGUUCAAGGAGUUCUUUAUGUUUGUCAAGCCUCGGGAACACCAAUGAAUAAGACAAAUCCCCACCCUGGAGACACUCAAUAAACAGGUAAAUAGGCCACUAGUCAAUAUUAUAAUUUCCCUUUUGUCAAGUUAACAAAUGCGAUGUAUGUAAAGUUAGGAGGCUGCAUCCAUGUCUUUGUUGUCCUUCCACGUGAUCUCCCUGGGAGGCUGUGCACUUAGGUCCAUGAUGUGGCCACUGAUUACAUGGUUGUCUUUCUUUGAGAUCACCUUCAGAAACUAUGAACUAGAGGAGAAUCGGUGAUAUUCCAAAGAUGAUUUCAGGGAAGAACUUCCAAAGAGGAUAUCCAGUGACAGCACCACUGGCAUACACAAAGAGCAUCCCCUCAAAAAGACAGCUCCUUGUCAUGGCUGUUGUUGGUAAAAGCAUGGGCAAAUUUUGAGCCCAUCAAUGGAUCGAUCCCAUGCUAGGAAAGUGAAGAUUUAGGAUCCCUGUGUUAUAAAUUUGCAGGACCCAAGUUUCAGGACUAGUUCAGAAUAUCUAAAUGAAGACAAAGAAAUAAAUCUACAUGAUGUUUAUAUCACUAGAUAUACAGGUGACUUGUGGUAAAAUCUCAGAUGGCUGGUCCUCAAGAAGUAGGGAUUUUCAAUAAUGGUAUGGGUUAGCAGCAUACCUACCUACUGAGACGAUCCAGAGUUCUGCAUGUGAAUCUGCCAAUCUGUAGCUUUUAAGGAAAGAAAAAAUUUCAAGUCAUUUUAGGGAAACUUUAUAACAUCAGAAUUUAAGCUUCUAGGCACUAGCAGGGGACAGAGCUCUUAAAAUACAAUUUUCAUUCCAAGGUAAAAUCUGGUUUGCCGCAAGUUAACUGUCAUAACCCAUGCCACCAGCAGGGGGAUGAGGCCGACCUUUGCCGGUGAGCCAGAAACGAAGGGCCCAGGACUCAGGCGGGGACGGUGGGAAGCCCCAGCACAGCGGACUGGAUCUUGACACAGGUCCUGUGAGUGAACACAGCAUCCCUGGCUGGGAGGAAGAGGAUGAGGUAGGAGGAGGGAGAGGUCACAUUGAAGGGAAAAUGAUAGGUCUAGAAAAUGAUAUCCGGGGCCCUGGAGUUUGUGAAUAUGACUCCAUUCUCAAGAAUGGUAAGGGGGAGAAUAAGGAACAGGGGUUCCAGGAAGGAACCCACUUCUUAGAAGUGUGGCACAAGUUAGAGCAGGACUAGCAGUUGGACCCAUAUGCUGUGGGGCCCUCUGAGCUGCUUGGCUGGGUCUCCUACCUUAGUGAACCUAGAGAGAAUGAGUCCCAGAGACUCAGAGGGGGUGGAACUUAUAGGGGAGGUUAAGGGAUCCCCGUUGACAAGGCUGGUUUUAAAUGGGCAGGGAGCUAAGCACACCCAAACACAAACAAAUUCAUGUUCUCUUCUUAGCUCUCAUCACAUUCUGCUGUCAAUGACUUCAUCACACACACACACACACACACACACACACACACACACACACUGCCCUUGAACCCAAAGCAAACUAUGCUCUCAGGGAAAUGCAAAUACCCUUUGCUUACAGCUGUGAAAAGUGUAGCUUUGCUAUUUAUAAACGUCCUUGAGGUACUGUUGUUGUCUACUUAUCCUACUUGAUUUUGAAAAAGAAAAAGUACUCAAUAAAAUUUUCAAAGUGGGUAAACACCACUGGAAUUUCUUAUGUAAAGUUCUAACUUAGGGUUGCAAAAUCAUUUUUUCCCUUAAUGUCUGAUCUGCAUGUUGUGAUAGAUCUCAUAAUACAAAGAGUCAGCCUUUAUGGAAAUCCACUAUUAUUUCAAAUAUGGCUAUUAUAAAACCAGUUUUGACAGGUUGGAUUUUUAUAUUUAUAGGUAAAGACAGUCAACACUUAGUUAACCAAACCUUUAAGUAUUUUGGUUACAUGAGUUUGUAUUUUUUUUAUGUGAUCAAACUAAGGAUAUUAUUGUUUUU